AUGACACCACACCGUCUCAGAGGAGUAGCUACAACCAUUUCUAGCCGACUGCAGUCCUCUGUAGCUGGUGUUACUCCGGUUGAUGAGCGUAUGGUGCUGUUGAAGAUCCUUCGAGACUCAGGAUGUCCCAGGCACCCACACGGAGAACCUGUCGGAGGUUACCCCAAGGUUUGGCUCGACGAGUUUGCGCCUCAUCUGUACCACUCUCAGAAAGGACCGGUGCUCCUUGCCGUGGGAACGGUGUUGAUUCAGCAAGCAUGGUGCCGCUGGCCGCUCCUGUCCCGGGAGACGCCGGGGCAGAACAGAGCGGGCGGCGGGCGAGAGCACAGGACUUCUCGGAGUGUGCGUACGACUUACGACUCGUCCACAAAAUACUACUACCUUGACUACCAAGAGAGAAGCAAUGACAGACAGAUGCCCUUCCUGCUGAGGUGUCCACUGCCGCCAAACACAACAGCUGUCCCCCUCGCCGUCUCCCUCACCGCAGAGCCGUGUGGCGAGGCAACCAAUCUACUGAAGGUGAUUGGAGGCAAGAAACGAGAAGUGUCAGCCUACAGAAACAAGAAGGUGCCCGACGACCCAAGGACGUUGGUAAAGGGAUGGGUGCCCGCAGUGUGUGGUCCUGCACUCUACUACUACCACGAAGACUUCUCCGUCCGCCUGGUGGAGUGGCUGGAGCUGCUGAGGGCGCUGGGCUUUGGUCAAGUGUUCCUCCACGUCACCGAUGUCCACCCAAACAUCACUCAAGUCCUGCGGCACUACGUUCAGGAUGGAUUUGUCGAAGUUACUGACUACCAUUACCCGCCGCCGUACCUAAACGAUCCCAGCCUGAGAAGGUUAUGGACGGAGGUGGAAAGGAAAAAAAUGUUUGCACAAGAAAAUAUCUACUUCACUGACUGUGUUUUACGCCACAUGCACCAGUACCGCUUUCUCGCACAUCUGGACCCCGACGAGCUGCCCAUUCUGCCCAACCAUGACAAUUUUACGCAUUUCUUGGAUGAUUUACUGGAUGGCAUCAAAGAAAAUGGUCCCCCUGGCUACCUUCUCCCGUGGAUUUACUUCUUCAAUAAUCUUCCACCGGUGAAGGAGGCUGCGGCGCUUCCCGACCACCUGUGGAUGCUGCGACACACUCAGCGACAAGCAAAGCCCAUAGGAAACUCCUAUGUAGGACAUUUUAAGCCUUUGUAUGACAUGAAUGUUGUCAGGGGAGUGUUUUCCCACGGAACCAUCCUGUGUUUAUCAGGUGGCUGUAAUCACUCCAGCAUGAAGAGAGUUGCUCCUGAGGUCGCAUACAUGGGGCACUUCAAAUCCACAUGUGAUGGAGAGUGCACGGAAAACACAGUUCAGGACUCAACUUUGCUGAAUUUGAAAACUCGGAUAGUCCCCAUAGUGGAAAAGGUACUGAAAACAUUACAUUUGAUUUGAUGGUUGACUUGGACUUCAAGUAAUUAAAAUGUUAUUACUAGAGGAGUCGGUGGCUGACUGGCUAUCGUGCCGGUUCGCAAUCGCCGUGUCGUGGAUGAUGUGGGUUGGAAUCCGCCGCUGCCACCUGAGAUUUUUUCAGUCAUCGCCGAGUGGCCUAAGACUACCCACAUGCUGUACUGAAGACCAUCCAUCAACCUGGACUCUAGAGUAACUGUCCAAGGGAAAUCAAGAAUGAGCUCUGGGGGGCAGCAUGAACCAAGAAUAGAUGGCGCCUCUAUAAACACUUGCCUGCUCCACGACGGGCUCGGGCCGACCACCAGGUCCCCAAAGAAAGCCAACCGGCGCCAUAGGCCAAGACGUAAGAAAAAAAGCUCUUAAACAAUCUUAGUGGUGUCAAAGUGAUAUUCAACGAAUUAUGUAUAGUUAUGGCACCUUCCAUAACGGAACCUGGUAUACUUGCUCCCAAAGUCACACUAUAGUAUUAGCAAAGAGAACCGAAUCGCUUUUAUGCGUUUCAUCGUGUCGAUUAACUAUAUAGCGGUGGAGGUGGGCCGGUAGAGUAAAAGGAGAAACGGGAAGGGAAUGGUGGUACAAGUUCGUGGUGUCGUAUUUGAUAGACAGGGACGUGGAAAUGUUCGAACAAUCUGGGGACUUGUUUCACACGAACCUGUUUCCAACUUUGAUCAAGGUCUUUGCAAUGGGAUCGUGUGUAAUAUCUCUACAUUCAGUUUUAUUUAAAUAGCAAUAUGUACUCGAGUUAGGCUAACGAGAUAAGAUAAUGCUAAAAAAAAUAGCUUGCUGAAAUUGUUUGAAUAUUUUACUUGGAACUACAUUAAUUUGAAGUGCUGAUUAUCAUGUUGUAAAUCUGAUGAUAAUAGAAAUAUUUAUUAUAACUUAUUGUUAAUUUCUUUAAAGUCUGUUCUCAAUAAAACAAAAUUUUUACGUUCAUAUACUUGCCUCGAUGAAAGAUUACAUUUGAUCUCUGCAGACAGGGUAGUGCUUCGUGGCAGACUUAAAGACGGUUAUCGUUUGUCACACAGGCAAAGCAUACAGUUGUAUAGUAUAAUAUUUUGAACACGUAUCUAAUUCAAACCUUGCACGAUCAUAUUUCGGACUUCACUCACCCUUCCUGGGCACGGCCACAGGGGAGCGGUUAUGUACUUGCUAGCUGGUGCAGAUGAAGUACACAAAAUAUAACAAUGCACACAUAAAUACAUUCAGAUUAUCAAAUAUUUGAUUUUAUUUGUGGCAGGUUUAUAAAUAAUCAUCAUAUUCAGCCAUUAUUAGUCCACCUUAGGAUAAAAUCCUUUCCGAGUGUUCUCCAUCUCACUGUUUUAUGUUAGUGUUCUCUAUCCGGCAAGUGCCAUACCUUCAUCAUUCUCCCUGGUGCUCCCUUCCCUCUCUCUGCCUUGACUUGUACAAUUUUUGGGUUGCCAUGUUAUAUUUUCCUGUAUGAGGUAUAAUACGGAGUUGACAACCAGCGGGUAUUGGGCCACCGGGCCCACGAAGCAAAUUGCCUGUGUUUCUCUGGGACUUGUAACAAUUACACCUCAAUAUAAAAAGUGACACUAUCGUUAAUAAAAAUGCAGCUGAUCAU